AUGUCCUUCACACUGCAACCAGCCCUCCCACCCCCCCGUCCCCGCCACCUACCCCCCACAGUAGCAGCCGCGGGAGGGGAGAGGCAGGGCAGAGGGUGGUGCUCUGCUGGCGGGGUUCUCUGCUGGCGGGGUUCUCUGCUGGCGGGGUUCUCUGCUGGCGGGGUUCUCUGCUGGCGGGGUUCUCUGCUGGAGGGGUUCUCUGCUGGCGGGGUUCUCUGCUGGCGGGGUUCUCUGCUGGAGGGGUUCUCUGCUGGCGGGGUUCUCUGCUGGAGGGGUUCUCUGCUGGCGGGGUUCUCUGCUGGCGGGGUUCUCUGCUGGCGGGGUUCUCUGCUGGCGGGGUUCUCUGCUGGCGGGGUUCUCUGCUGGCGGGGUUCUCUGCUGGCGGGGUUCUCUGCUGGCGGGGUUCUCUGCUGGCGGGGUUCUCUGCUGGCGGGGUUCUCUGCUGGCGGGGUUCUCUGCUGGCGGGGUUCUCUGCUGGCGGGGUUCUCUGCUGGCGGGGUUCUCUGCUGGCGGGGUUCUCUGCUGGCGGGGUUCUCUGCUGGCGGGGUUCUCUGCUGGAGGGGUUCUCUGCUGGCGGGGUUCUCUGCUGGAGGGGUUCUCUGCUGGCGGGGUUCUCUGCUGGCGGGGUUCUCUGCUGGCGGGGUUCUCUGCUGGAGGGGUUCUCUGCUGGCGGGGUUCUCUGCUGGCGGGGUUCUCUGCUGGCGGGGUUCUCUGCUGGCGGGGUUCUCUGCUGGCGGGGUUCUCUGCUGGCGGGGUUCUCUGCUGGCGGGGUUCUCUGCUGGCGGGGUUCUCUGCUGGCGGGGUUCUCUGCUGGCGGGGUUCUCUGCUGGCGGGGUUCUCUGCUGGAGGGGUUCUCUGCUGGCGGGGUUCUCUGCUGGAGGGGUUCUCUGCUGGCGGGGUUCUCUGCUGGCGGGGUUCUCUGCUGGCGGGGUUCUCUGCUGGCGGGGUUCUCUGCUGGCGGGGUUCUCUGCUGGCGGGGUUCUCUGCUGGCGGGGUUCUCUGCUGGCGGGGUUCUCUGCUGGCGGGGUUCUCUGCUGGCGGGGUUCUCUGCUGGCUGGGUUCUCUGCUGGCGGGGUUCUCUGCUGGCGGGGUUCUCUGCUGGCGGGGUUCUCUGCUGGCGGGGUUCUCUGCUGGCGGGGUUCUCUGCUGGCGGGGUUCUCUGCUGGCGGGGUUCUCUGCUGGCGGGGUUCUCUGCUGGCGGGGUGCUCUGCUGGCGUCUGGUGCUGGUGCUGGCGUCUGGUGCUGGUGCCUGGUGCUGGCGGCUGGCGCUGCCGUCCCCCACGGGCCAACACACCACCAACUCCCCCUCCUUUUGGAAACGGAGCGGGAUCUGACGGCGAGGCAGGGACGAGGCGGGACGACGGGAUGGUCGCGGGGUGCGGGUUAGGACGGGAUACGGGGGAUCUGCGCGGACGGUUGGUGAGCUGGCUGGCGAUCCGCCGCCACGCCCUUCGCGUUUCCCUCUCUCUUCCCCACAGCGACCGUCGCUGCACACGCGAGUAG